AUGCCUAACAGUCGCGCUGUUCUGUUACUGCGUAGAUUGUCUUCGAGUGAUAAUAAGUUAAAAAGUUUUGGAAUCAAUCAUAAUAGUAAAGAAGUAUUUAUAUCUAGUGCCUAUAAUCAGAGGGAUUUUUCCUGGUGCGCAAGAGUUCAACCAACAAGCAGCUAUUUAUGUAACUCACAAGCCUUAAGAAGUUUGAGUGAUAAAAAUAUAAUCAAGAUGGCAACAUCAAGUACAGAAGCAAUACCUAAGCAGCCAAAAUUUACAAACAAACUGGCCAAUGAGAAAUCCCCAUAUUUGUUACAGCAUGCUCAUAAUCCUGUAAACUGGUACCCAUGGAGUCAAGAGGCACUGGAAAAAGCCAAAGAGGAAAAUAAACUUAUAUUUCUUUCUGUGGGGUAUUCCACAUGCCACUGGUGUCAUGUAAUGGAGGUGGAAUCUUUUGAAAAUGAAGAGGUUGCAAAUAUUAUGAAUGAGCAUUUUAUUAAUAUUAAAGUUGACCGGGAAGAGAGGCCAGAUAUUGAUCGUUUGUACAUGCAUUUCGUAAUGGCCACUACUGGAUCUGGAGGAUGGCCAAUGAGUGUCUUUUUAACACCAGACCUAAAACCAAUUAAGGGAGGCACCUAUUACCCACCUGAAGAUAGAUAUGGAUAUCCAGGGUUCAAAACCCUCUUACGUAUUAUAGCUGAAAAAUGGAAAUUAAACAAUAAGAUGCUAGUUGAUAUGAGCAAUAAUAUUGUGGAGCUUAUUAAAGCUGCAACAAAGCUUGACAUUAAUCCAUCAAUCCCCAGUGAAGCAUCAUGGUUAAGGUGUGUACAAAAAUACAUAUCCUCAUAUGAACCAGAAUUUGGUGGAUUUGGCACAGCACCUAAGUUUCCACAUGUACCAGCAUUCAGUUUUUUGUUUCAUUAUUAUGCAAGGGACAAGUAUGAUCAAAAAGGUAAACAGUGCUUGGACAUGUGUCUUCACUCAUUAAAAAAAAUGGCAAAAGGCGGUAUUCAUGACCAUAUUUCCAGUGGUUUUGCUCGAUAUUCAACAGACAACCAUUGGCAUGUACCACAUUUUGAGAAAAUGUUAUAUGAUCAAGCACAGCUAGCCGUUGUAUAUACAGAUGCAUAUUUGGCAAAUAAAGAUGAGUUCUUUGCUGAUGUUGUGCGUGAUAUUAUUAUGUAUGUAAACAGAGAUCUUAGACAUGACUUUGGUGGCUAUUAUAGUGCCGAAGAUGCAGACUCUUAUGCAUAUUUUGGAGCACCCCAUAAGGAAGAAGGUGCCUUCUAUGUUUGGGAAUAUGACGAACUUGAAAAACUAUUUACCAACAAGAUAGUUAAAUCUCACACAUAUUUAGAAAUAUUUUGUGAUUACUUUGGUGUAGAGAAAGAUGGAAAUGUAUCACCUGAUGCUAAUAUGAAAGGUGAAUUUGAUAAUAAAAAUGUUUUAAUAGUCUAUGGGAGUGAAGAGGAAACAAUGGAGAAAUUUAAUUUAUCAAGAGAAGAAUUUAGAAAGGUUAUAGCAGAGUGUCGAGAAAUAUUACGUGCCGCUCAACAAAAGAGACCCAGACCACAUUUAGAUACGAAAUUGUUAUGUUCUUGGAAUGGUUUAAUGAUCUCCGGUUUGGCAAGGGCUGGUCAAGGAUUAGAGGAGAAAAGUUAUGUAGAUGAUGCGAUAAAAACGGCAAAUUUUAUUAAACAGUACUUAUACUGUCAGACCACUAAGCAACUUCUACAUUCUUGCUAUAAGGCUGAAGAUGGAACAAUAAAUCAAGGUGAGAUUCCAAUAAAGGGAUUCUUAGACGACUACGCCUUUCUGAUACGAGGUCUACUAGAUUUAUACGAGGCUUCGUUGGAUAUCGAGUGGUUAAAGUGGGCAAGAGAGUUACAGCAAAAGCAAGAUGACUUAUUCUGGGACUGUGACGUCGGCGGAUAUUUUACAUCGUCUGCUGAAGAUGAUAGUGUUAUAAUACGGUUAAAGGAAGAUCAAGAUAGCGCGGAACCAGCUGGUAACAGUGUUUCCUGUCACAAUCUGCUUCGGCUAGCGGCCUAUGCGGACAAGAGUCCCGCUCCGGAAGGCGGUGAAAAGGAAAGGGAAUUGGCAAAGAAACUACUUUUAGCUUAUGCAAAACGACUCACUGAUACACCUAACGCUUUGCCCGAGAUGAUAUCAGCACUUAUGUUAUACAAUGAUUCUCCUACUCAGGUGUUAAUAUCGGGAGGCUAUUCGGAUCCUCGUACGCUAGAACUGGUGAGGGUAGUACGGUCGCGAUUACUGCCUGGACGAGUGCUCGCCGUAUCAGACCCCAAUGAGACACCAGCAGUUCUCAGCCGCAUUCGCAGCGCAGGCGAUGUGCCGCGCGCCUAUGUCUGUCGGCGAUACGCUUGCUCGCUGCCUGUAACGGAUGUAAAACAACUUGAAACAUUACUCGACGAACCAGCAGUUAAACAGCAAUAG